UCAAUAAAAAAAACAAUUAAAAAAAUAAAAUAAAACAGCUCUUGAAUUUUAUUUCCCCGACUUUCCAAACUCGUGAGACGCCAGCCACCAUCGAUCUAAAAGAAAGCCUCAUUCGAUACGAUUCUUCAUUCGCGAACAACACGAUCUCUCUCCACUCUCUGAAAAAAAAAAUUUGGUUUCCGUGAGCAAUGGUGUUCCAUAAGAGCGUUUCUCUAUUAUCCAAGCUGCGUUCCGGCGCUGUUCAACAGCCAGGUCUUCGCAAUUCUGUCCGCUGGCUUCAAGUCCAGACCUCCUCCGACGUUGACCUUCAUUCUCAGCUAAAGGAAUUGAUUCCAGAACAGCAGGAGCGCCUAAAGAAACUUAAAUCAGAACAUGGAAAGGUUCAGCUGGGUAACAUCACUGUUGAUAUGGUACUUGGUGGGAUGAGAGGCAUGACAGGAUUAUUGUGGGAAACCUCACUGCUUGAUGCAGAAGAGGGUAUUCGCUUCCGGGGUUUAUCUAUUCCGGAGUGUCAAAAGUUGUUACCAGCAGCAAAACCUGCUGGAGAACCAUUGCCCGAGGGUCUCCUUUGGCUUCUUCUAACAGGAAAGGUUCCAACCAAAGAGCAAGUGGCUGCAUUAUCAAAGGAAUUGAGAGAUCGUGCUACUGUCCCAGAUCAUGUAUAUAAAACCAUUGAUGCGUUGCCUGUUACUGCUCAUCCGAUGACUCAGUUUGCCACUGGAGUCCUGGCUCUUCAGGUUCAAAGUGAAUUCCAGAAGGCUUAUGAGAAAGGGAUCCACAAAUCUAAGUACUGGGAACCAACAUACGAGGACUCCCUCAAUUUGAUUGCGCAGCUUCCGAUUGUAGCUUCUUAUGUGUAUCGCAGGAUAUACAAGAACGGACAAGUUAUACCAAUGGAUGACUCCCUAGAUUAUGGUGCAAACUUUGCUCACAUGUUAGGAUUUAAUGAUCCUGGUAUGCUGGAACUUAUGAGGCUCUAUGUUACCAUCCACAGUGAUCACGAAGGCGGGAACGUUAGUGCCCAUACUGGUCAUCUAGUUGCCAGUGCGCUGUCGGAUCCCUAUCUCUCGUUUGCUGCUGCGUUAAAUGGUUUAGCCGGUCCACUCCACGGCCUGGCCAAUCAGGAAGUCUUACUGUGGAUCAAGUCUGUGGUAGCAGAUUGUGGGGAGAAUGUCAGCAAAGAACAUUUGAAAGAAUAUGUGUGGAAAACAUUGAACAGUGGCAAGGUUGUUCCUGGAUAUGGACACGGUGUACUGCGAAAUACAGAUCCAAGAUACACGUGCCAGAGAGAAUUUGCACUGAAGCACUUGCCUAACGACCCACUAUUUAAAAUGGUUUCCAAUCUUUAUGAAGUAGUGCCUCCUAUUCUGUUGGAACUGGGCAAGGUUAAAAACCCGUGGCCCAAUGUAGAUGCCCACAGCGGAGUGUUGCUCAAUUAUUAUGGCUUAACUGAAGCAAGAUUCUACACAGUUCUCUUUGGUGUGUCGAGGUCCAUCGGCAUUUGCUCUCAGCUUAUUUGGGAUCGAGCUCUUGGUUUGGCACUUGAGAGGCCAAAAAGUGUUACAGUGGAAUGGCUCGAAAAUUACGUCAAGAAAUCAGCUUGAACUUGAACUUCCGCAAAUAUAUAUAUAGGUCGGUGUAACGAUUUCGUUAAUAAUACUCGCCCGAGAAAAAAAAAGAUUUUAUUUUUCGGGGAAACUGGGGUACAUCAAUUUGAGUUUUCUACCUUGGCGAGUUUGAUUUGAAUAAUUAUUUUCACCUUUAUCCCCAAAUUUUGCGUGUAAUUUAGCGUGCAGCAAAUUGUGCUUAACUAUAUUGUUGGACCUAUUACGCAGGUCCACACCCCUAAACGUUUUCUUUUCGAAGUAUAUCAAUUUGCUGUAAUUGCUCUUUUGCAACUUAUUCUGUGUACUGCGUAUCAGCCAAUAUAUUUUGUUUCGAUCUGA